AUGAAGCCUCUCGUUACCGUCCUCGGGGCAACGGGGACUGGCAAGUCUAAGCUCGCGGUUGACCUAGCGAUUCGCUUCAAUGGAGAAAUUAUCAAUGGAGAUGCUAUGCAGAUGUAUAAGGGGUUACCUAUAAUUACCAAUCAAAUACCACUUGACGAGAGGGCGGGCAUUCCACACCAUCUAAUCGCGCGUAUCAAUAUUGACCAGGAGCCAUGGAAAGUUGGACAAUUCCAAAGAAGUGCUCUGAAGGUCAUUGAAGAUAUAAGGGCACGGGGAAAAUUACCCAUACUUGUGGGUGGCACACACUAUUACACACAGUCCAUCGUGUUCCACAAGCAGCUAGUUUCUGGAUGCAAUAGUGAUGAUGAAAAUGCAGACGGAAAGUAUGACGAGGUCGUAGAAAAUGCGAAAUGGCCUAUUCUACAGGGAACAGCAGAGGAGCUCCUACAUGCUUUACGAGAAGUUGACCCUGUUAUGGCUGAACGCUGGCACCCUAACGAAAAGAGGAAGAUUCGACGAUCCCUACAGAUAUAUUUGCAAACUGGCCGUCGGGCGUCCGAUAUUUAUCAGGAACAAAAAGUUGAGCUUAAACGAAUAUCGGCAACGGAUGAUGACUUCAACCCUAGUUUGGAGUUUAUCCCUACAGAGAAAUCUGGGCAUUUGAGAUUUGAUACCAUUCUUUUGUGGGUACAUAGUAACAAAAGUAUCCUUCAACAAAGAUUAGACGACCGUGUAGAUGUGAUGAUCGAUCAAGGGCUGCUGGCAGAGGCCCAGCAUAUGUUUGGCCACCUGAAACAAAAGGAGAGAGACGGUGUUCACAUUGAUAGAACAACUGGUGUCUGGGUAUCCAUUGGAUUUAAGGAGCUAGAUCCCUUUAUCUCGGCCUUAUCAGCCGGCAAUUUCUCGUCGGACCACCUCCAGAAGCUUAAAAAAGAAUGCAUUGAAUCUGUCAAAUCAGCUACAAGACAAUAUGCGCGAAGUCAGAUUAAAUGGAUACAAGGCAGAUUAUGGAAUACCUUGGAAGCUGCGAACGCGACUGAUCGACUUUAUAUUCUCGAUUCCACAGAGGCAAAGAGCUGGGACAGUGCGGUUCGGCUGCCUGCAGAAGAGAUUGUGGAUGCUUUCUUGUCCGAAAAUCCUCGCCCACAUCCAAGCGAGGUGUCGGAGAUAGCAAAAGAGGUGUUUGAGAUGAAAAAGCAAAAUGGGCAACCUUCAACUGAUAAUAUAGAGAUCAAACGUAUGGGUUGUGAGGUGUGUAACGCGAGAGCAAUGACUGAAGAGCAAUGGAAGGUUCACAUGAAAGGGAGAAAGCACAAGAAUGCAGUGAAACGGGAGAGUAGGAAGAAGGACCGGGAAGAGUAUUUUAAGCGCAUUCAAGAGGUGCCGGAAAACGAAAUACCCCAGCAGGCCCAAGAAAUCAAAUCCGGAUGA